AUGUCGUUGCAAAGCCAACCUGACAUCAAUGCUCUGUUGCACAACAUGCGGCAGCAGAUCUUGGCGUUGACUACACAACUCACCGAGCUGCAGGCGAACCCCCCUGCAGCAACCCCCUGGGUAGAAAAGAAGUUUAAUAAGAAAGUUGAAGUCGUUGCUGACCCUGGCGCCUUUGAGGGAGACAGAGCGCGAUUCACCGAGUGGUGGAUCAAGCUCAAAAUAUGGGUUAAGGCAAAUUGGGACGCAUUUACCGACAAUUUUGAGGGACCUGUUGCGGGUCGAUAUGCCCAAGUUAGAAUGCAGGAGUGCUACACCGCAGGAAUGUGGCCUACCUGGGAUGAUCUCAAAGUUGAGAUCAAAAAAUAUUUCAAACCGCAAGCUGAGCAUGACUGGGUGCAUGAGCACAUCCGUUCCUUCAAACAAGGCAACAUGAGGACGGAUGAUUUUGUAACCCGGUUCCUAGCCCUCUCCAUCCAAGGGGGUCUUGGUAAUGAACAUGCAGUGGAGCUGCUAGAACACAAUAUGAACCCCCACAUUGCAGAACAGCUUUACCUGCAGGAUAUGAGAAGCGAGAAUCUCUCCGAAGCAGCGGAGGAGGUUCGAAAGAUAGGUAGGGCCAUAGAGCUCUACAAGAUGCACCAAGGUGGUGGGACCACCAAAAACGACUAUUCCCAGAGGAGGUCAUCAAACCAAAAACAAAAUCACUCUUGUGGGUUCCAACCAUUCGGGUUGCAGCCAGGACGGGGUGCUCCUAUAGAUAUUGGCGCAUUCCAGGGCGGACAGAAGCGCAGAUUCACCUGCUUCAGCUGGCACCAGGCGUGCCAAUUAGAAACAGAAAAACCGGACAAUCAGCUCAAUUCUUUGGCCGGUCGUUCUUACGACAAAAUCCGGGCCUUCUUCUACAAUCAGCAGACCACUGAGAUGAAGGCUUAG